CCGCCCGCGAUGCGCAGCCGAGGCCCCGUCUGGCAGCUCCGUCGGAACCAAAACAAGGCAGCGACUCGAGCGACCCACGUGCGGGCGGCUGCUCACUAAGGAACAAUGGGGAAAAAUGCUAUAAAUACCCAGAAAAAGAAACUAGCUAAAGCCCAGAAGAAAAAGGCAGCCAAACCAAGCUUAGAAACCCUUUCCACAGCAGAACUACUAGACAGAGCACAGGAGUACAUUGAUUGUUUCCAGUAUGAAAAUGCCCAAAAAUAUUGCCAAGAAGCUCUUAAAAGAGAACCUGACUAUGUCCCAGCUUUAGAAACCUCUGCCACACUUUGCCUUGAGACUGGAAAUCUUGAUGGCGCAAAGCACUGCCUUGGGCGUGCCAUCACACUCCAACCAGAUGAAGGGUAUUCAAAGUAUUUAUCCAUGGCACAACUCAUGGAAGGAAAUGACUCACUACAGUGCUAUCAAAAAGGAAUAGAAAUAUUGAGUGAAACUAUUGCUCUGGCACAGAAGUCUGAGAAAAAAAGUAAAGAUACACCUGAAGCAGAAAAUAUGGGUGCUGAAAAUGGAACAACAAAUGAGGAAAUGUUAUCAGAUGGAGCCAAAGCAGAUGUAAAUGAACAACCGGAAGAAUUAAAUGAAGAGAAAGCUGCUCUGAUACGUAAAAUUUCAACGGCAUGUUGUUCAGUGGCUGAAUUAUACAUGACUGAUUUGUGUGAUGAGGAAGAAGCAGAGAAUCAGUGUCUUGCAUACAUAAACAAGGCCAUAGAAGCAGACCCCAGCAAUCCAGAAGCUUUCCAGUUUAUG